UCCCGACGGACCACCGUAACUAUGAUGGCAACGCAACUGUCAAAAUGUUACCAGGCCCAAUCUGGUCCCGUCUCUGCAACAACAGUGCAUUGUUGCAUAGCCAAUCACCAAUGUCUGAGAUAAAAACAACAUUUAUCGCGAUGCCAUGUCUGCGUUGCCCACCCUUUCCUGCAACCUCCGUUCAUUGUUCGUGGGCUUUCCCUUGAGGAUCCCCUAAUCUACUUCAACUCGGGUUGCACAGGUGCACCUGACCUUUUCCUUCUUAUCUCGUCUUGCGCCUUUUCGUACAAUAUUCAUUAACUUUCGGACCAUGGCUUUCACUUCACUAUAUUCGCUCUGUGGCGCUGGCUUCGCCCUCCUUCAGCUGCUAGCUCCAGCCACAGCACUUCCAGUAGCACGGUCUACAAGUUCCUCCACAUUAGUGGCUCUUCAGUUCGCCAACGUGCUGGAGCAGCUGGAGUCCACUUUUUAUGCGCAGGCCCUUCAAAAGUUCAAUCAGUCGGAUUUUACGGCAGCUGGUUUUGCUUCGGCCCAAAUCCCCGUGCAACAGUUUCAGGCCAUCUUUAAAGAUGAAUCCACACACGCAAGUACAUUACAGUCGGCUAUUACUGCAUUGGGCGGCCAAACGAUACAAAACUGUACAUUCAAUGUUGCUUCCUUGCUCACCGAUGUGCCCACUAUGGUAGCCUCAGCGAGACUGGUGGAAAAUGUCGGUGUAAGCGCCUACCUCGGUGCCCUGACCUUGAUCAACGACACGGUUCUCUCCACCGCGGCUGCCACCAUUAUGACGGUUGAAGCGCGCCACCAAACCAUUCUUAAUCUGCUGGCAGGGGCCACCGCGAUCCCUCAGGCGUUUGAUGUCGCUUUGAAUCCAUCUGAGAUUCUUGCAUUGACAGGGGGGUUGAUUUCCGGAUGCAGCCUCGGAAUUCCAGCAAAUGUUCCGCUCAAGUUGAAUAGUACUGGCCCCAUUCAAGCAGGAACGAAGUUGAGCUUCACCUCUGCCGCACUGAAUGGAACUAUUCCAGCAGAGCAACUGUCCUGUCAAUUCCUCGCUGGUGGCUUGUCUGCAGCCAUCUCGCAGCCAUUAUCUAACUGCAGCGUCCCGGCGAACAUAACUGGUUCUAUGUUGGUGUUCGUGACCAACAGUAGUCAGCCCCUGGCGAAUAACAUCCGCGAUGCUGCGACUGGCACCAUCGUCGCAGGUCCAACGAUGCUCUUCGUUGACAAUCAGCAGGAUGCGUUGGCGCUUGCAGCUCGUCCUGGUCUCAACUCUACUGUGGUCAACAAUGGCACUACAAACGCUACAACGUCUUUCGCGGCGCCAACGACCGUCACUUUGACGCCCGUCACAGUUUCGAGUAGUGCCGUCGUCACUUCAACCGUACUGUCUACUACGGCUCCCACCACAGCCACCAAUAGCUGGACGGCUGUGACCAGAACCAUCUCGCCAUCUGAAGCUAGCGGUAUUCUCGCGAGUGUCGUGUCACCUACGGGUUCGGGAUAAAGGUCGAGAGCUAAUACGAGAUAUGAGAUGCUGGAUCGAAUUAUAUUGCACAUAUAUCUAAAGUACAUCAGAACCGAGCUGGCGACCUUAGAGAAUAUUGAUAUGUAGAAGUGGACGAUAUCGAUAGG